AUGAUGACAGCUCUAGUCUCGGCGUCUUCCCACUAUUCGGACGGGUCUGAGUUCGCAAUGUCGGAACUGUCAAUGCUCGACUUUGUGCGUGAUCUCAACGGCCAGAGCGACAACAGGCUCACCGUCAAUCAGCUUCCUUUUGACACAGAGGCUUCAAUCCUACAAGUCAAGGAAAGAUCGCUGUCUCCAGAAAUAGACUUGGUUCCUUCAUACUUACUCACGCCUUCUUCGCAGUUGGUUCCCACUGCCAGCAGCUCGUUGUUCAACUACCGUACAGGGGGCAAUUUCCGCAAGAAGCUCUGUUCACUUGGCAACACUCUUUUUUCCAAGACACCACCUUCAGCAUCCCCACGAGAGCUUUGUGCAGAUCUGGAACGGUCGGCAGCUAAUAGUCCCUUACAAUCCACAAAAGAAGAGGCGUCUUCUGUCCCAGCAAAAAGAGGUUUUGUGUUCCCGGGACGGGGAAACCCAGCCAGCAGAAAAACGAAAAAGGAGCUGCUGGACAAAGCCGAAGAAAAACAAGAGCAUACCUGGCUCAGUUUUGGUUCUUCCUUGGAUUCAAACACACAGGCGCCUAAGCCGGCUCUUCAAAGCCUGUUUUCUCUCAGUAACUCCGAUCCCUCGUUGUCUGCCGACUUGAAAGAGCUUGCCCUUGAGCCCACAGCACAAAAAGCUCAGAACGCCACCCCCACUAAGAAUGCAAGCCCCGUUCGUGAGCUCAUACAAUCUGAAGAAGCGCUUUCUAAAAAGAGCCCCCCAAAAAGCUCCACAAUCUUGGACGAAGGCACAGUUGGAUCCAAAGCAUACCUGACAAAGCCGGCACCAAAUACAGAAAGCGAGAAUCAUAAGGAGCCAACUCUUCAUAAUUCUGGCCCAAUGCCUGACCAGCUGCCUUCACCACCAGUUUUGAAGAAAGAAAACAUUGAGGUCUUCAAAACCCACAGCCAACAGCAGCAGCAGACUCCCACUGAGAAGCACAAAAACAAGAAAGAGAAGGUCCUUGCAAUCACAAAAGUGGACUCUACUUCCAAUAAGAUCAAAGAGAGAGCGAAGAGUACAAACGCUGCGCAGAACACAAGCAAAGGCCAUGUGGAGAAGCGAAACUCAGAAAAUCAGAAGGAAGCUGUGGCCAAUACAGACGCAGAGAAGGCGCAAGCGAGGAAAAACGAAAAGAAGCAUUCAAAUCUGCACACCCUUGUAACCAUUGACAACUCACCUGCAUCAGUCAAAUUACCAAGAGGUAAGCUCCCAGUAGCCACAAUCAAUGCCAAGAUCAAUGCUCCAAGGACACAGCUGACAAACAAAGAUCACACAAAUGACAGCCACGUUCCUCUGUAUGACCAUAAGACCGAGCCGGUGCAUCCUAAAAAGGCUUCAAAAAAGGUAAACAAAGAAGAAUGUGUCAAAUCAGUUCCUGACCAGAAAUACCUGCAAGAGCACUCCACAGUUAUUGGUGAUGACAAACCAUACGACCGAGAAGCCGAAUUGCAAUUUUCCCCUUUUGUCGUUUCCGGUCUCACGCACCAAACAAGGCUGGUGGACUCAACCAGUAAAGCUCCAACGCAGAAAGGCGGCACAGCAAAACGGGAGGCAUUGAAGAAUCCCACUGACUCAGCUCACGGUCGAACGUCCACUUUUACGCUUUUCCCUCUGUGGGCCAAAUUCCCGCAAACCUUUAGAUCGAGCAAGUUUGGUCUGUCACCAAUGCAUCGCCUCACCACGCUAUUCACCGGGACAGAAGCUCAAACUCAUUCAAACGCAGCUUCUUUGGAUGCUGCAUUUCUGCCUCGCGAGGCGGAAAAGUCCUGGCAAGAAAAUCCUACUGUUCAGAGUCUCGGUGAUUUUUUCGCAAAGCCUCCAAACACAAGCAAGUUUGACCAGACUGGCUCCUGGAGCCAGCCUGGAGAACCUUAUGCGCUGUCUCAAUUUAGAAGUGCCGACACCCAUAGAUGGCGGAAUAAGUUUAGAUUUGGCUUUCGGUCAGCAAAAGAGUCCAAAGUCACCAAGCCUAAAGCAUCCUCAAUCCAGAAAGAACGCAAAACUACAGCCAGAGAAAAAAGACCAAAAAGCAUCCUCAAGUCUGCAGGUCAGCAAGGCGAGGUAUUUAUUCCUGUAUUGGGAGAGCCAGGGCCAGUAUUAGCUGCUGCCCGAACACAGAAGAGGCAACUGGGGUUAAAUCAGCGUAAGAGGAGUGGUACAAAGAAGGCUUAAGGGGC